ACAAUUGUAACUCUUAAUUUUCAAAAACUACAUCUUCAUCAUGGUCUUCGCCAAGCUUGGUCUCCGCACCCUUCGAUCUCUUCCUCAGUCUCAGGUCGCUCGAUCAACCACUAUCCUUGCCCAAAGGCGGUUCCUUUCCGCUGAGGCUAGGAAGCUCAUUGACGGUGCCGUCAAGAGCAACCCUCUUGUUGUCUUCAUGAAGGGCACACCUGAUGCUCCUCAGUGUGGUUUCUCCAGGGCCGUCUGCCAGAUUCUUGAUGUUCAGGGUGUCCCAAGAGAAAACCUCAAGACCUACAACUGUCUGGAGGAUCAGGAGCUUCGUGAGGGUAUCAAGGAAUACAGUGAAUGGCCCACCAUCCCUCAGGUUUACAUCAAGGGUGAAUUCGUCGGUGGAUGCGACAUUCUCUUGUCAAUGCACCAAAGCGGAGAGCUCGAGGAUCUGUUGAUUAAGGAGGGUCUUGCUCCUCCUCUUCCUGAGGGACCCGAAGGCAGUGCCUAAGGAGAUUUUAAUAUUUAUGAUAAUGAAUGCAUUCUAAUCUCACAGCGUCCGGCCUCAUGGCGUCAGUUAGAUGGACACACCGCAUAGGGAUAUCGCCGCCGUGCGCUUUAUAAGAUACCAUGCCUAAACCAAAAGCUG